AUUUAGAAACAGGCUUCGCUUUUGGUUACUCUGCAGCAACUUGAAGGAAAUCCAACGUACUGCUGAUCUCUUUUCGCGCAGUGCUCAGCUGCAGUCCCUGUCCCUCCGUCACCAGCUAAAUCAGAAGUACAGCUGUCCUAGACUAAGACUGGGGCCCCCUGAGACCGCCUCUUAACUGGUCCCAGUCUGCUGCAGAUCUAGAGUCAGCAUGUCUGCGCGUGCCGUGAAGCGCCUGCUGGCUCAGCAGCAACUCAAGGCUGGGCCGGAACAAGCGGUGAAUGAGGAUCUUGAGGAGAGCAGUGAGGAGGAGCCAGCGGGAGCGGUCAGAAAUCCAUUCGACCUUCUCGGAGAUGAGGAUGAGGCGGGAGUCGCCGACGAGGAGGCAGAAGCAAGCGACGAGGAGACAGGGCCCCCUUUGGCGCUCGUAGAACAACCACGGUCCUCAGCAAAGGGCAAGAAGAAGAAAAAGAAGAAAGCGAAGGGGGUCGCAGAUUCAGGGGCUACCGAUGUUACACCACCCUCGCCUGAGACCACUGCAACAUCGAGUGAGAGCGCAGGCCAUGUUACUCCGGAUGUUGCCGGAUCCAAUACUAGGGGGCGGAGUAAAGGCAAGGGCAAGGUUCGUGAGGACGAAGAAGUCGAGGAGAUUCUGCGGAAGCUAGACGAGCUGCCGGUCGGGGGAGAGGCUCCUGAAACAGCAGGCCGGAGCACGGAAGCCUCGAGACCGAGAAGCAACCGGCACGUUCUGGGAGUAGAUGUGAAGCACCUGAAAGCGGAGGACGAGCUCCGACGAAUCUUCGGAUCGAAAGUGAUCAGUUCGGUGGAAGCGCACGAAGGGGCCGGCGCGCGUGGCGGGGGGGGGCGGAGACACCGGCUGUCAGGGAGGGGUCGCGGAAGGGGUGCGGUGGGGCCGAGGAAAGGGGGGCUGCUGAUCAGUCCGUUGGACCAUUGGCCGCGGUGGGAUGGCGGGAUUCUGAUGGAGUCUAUGGGGAGCAAGGACGGGUGCCAGUUCUUCAAGUACACAUUUUCGAGGGACUACUUGCGGACACAACACGAGUUCGAGGCCCUGGCGGCCACCCACGACCCGAACGCCAUCGCGCACCUCGUCGCCCAGCACCCGUACCACAUCGACGGCCUGCUGACGUUGGCUGACGUGUACAAGCAAAUGGGCGAGAUGCAGACGGUCGCGGAGCUGCUCGAGCGCUGCCUCUACGCGUUCGAGUGCGCGUGGCAUCCGUCGUUUAACAUCUCGCUCGGGACGUGCCGCGUUCCGUUCGAAGAAGAGCCCAACCGGGCGUUUUACCAGGCCCUUUUUCGGCACAUGCAGCACCUGGGCCGGCGGGGGUGCCACAGGACGGCGCUCGAGGUGUGCAAGCUGGUGCUGUCGCUUGACCCGGAGGGCGAUCCCGCCGGCGCCCUCUUCUGCGUGGACUACUACGCCCUCCGCUCGGAGCAGUUUGAUUACCUGGAGCGGCUGGCAGACGAACUAGACGCGGAGCGCUCGCUUCGCGUGCUGCCCAACUUCGCCUUCUCGCUUGCAAUGGCGCGCUUUCGCUUGGAGGAGCGCCAGAAGAGCUCAAAGGGUGCAUCGACCUCCGGCAACGAUGCGCACGGUGCCGAGAACGGCGGCGGGGGCGUGACGUCACUGCAGUUGCUGGAACAGGCCCUGUUGCUGCACCCCGCCAUGCUGCAGAAGCUCAUCGAGAAGACGCCCAUCAAAGAGGAUUCGGAGUGGGCCAAGCUGCUGAACGCGCCUGUCUUCGCAAAGGCGACCGCUGGAGGACCAACGCUGGAGCACCUGAUUGACAUUUACCUGGAGCGCAGCCACCUGUUGUGGCGCCCGCAGGAAGCGCAGGACUGGCUGAAGCAGGCAGCCAAGAACGCCGUUGCGUCCCUCAGCACGCCAACCGGAAAAGCCGCUGCUGACGACUGGGCGUGCGUCCGAUCCGAGUCAUUCCCCUCGACCGAAAACGAGUACGCUUACCUGCCGGUCUCCGAGUUCUCAGACAACACGCACACUCUCCCACCAGACGAGGAGGCCGCGGGGGCCCCUCUUCCGGUUAAUCCGGCGGAGCUUCCGGGCGCGGUUGAUGUGCAAGCAAGGGGUGUUCCGCCGGGUGCUCUGCCGGCGGAACUUGACGGACAGAAUCCGCUGAUGCUGUUUCUGCGGUCGCUGAUGCCGUGGGCCGACUUGGGGUUGGAGCCGCAGCACGGCGGGGGAGAGAACGGAAACGGGGUGCAGUUGAACGAGGAGCAACUAGAGCAGGUACAGCUGCACUUACAGAGAGAGGCGUACGAGCAAGCGCAAGCGGAGGCGGAACGGAGGGGGUGGGCACGUGGCCAGAGAAACGUGCAGGGUUUGGGUCAGGGUUUGGGACGUAGGGCACCCGGGAGAGAGCAACAAGGGAACGGAGGACAAUGGGUCGAUGGAAUAGUGGAGUCGGACGAUGAGGAGUGAUCCUUGAACAGCGCAAAAGGUCUCUCUCAAUGCGGGUUGCAAGAGCCGGAAUGUGGACCUUUCUUUUCCGAUCACGACAUCUGGGGAUUUUAAAU